AUGGUCUUCGAGUCUCCACUGCUCUGGUACAAUGAGAUCUCCCAGGCCCUCAAGGAGGCAGGGAUUGACCGUACGGAUGAAGAACCUUGUGUGUUUACCAACGGCAAAAUCCUGGCUCUUGUCUAUGUCGACGACAUCUUGAUUCUCAACCCACGGCAAGAGAAGAAGGCGGUAAACGACCUGGUCCAGCAUCUCCAAUCCAAAUACGAUCUGCGCGAAGAAGAAUUUAAGUGGUAUCUUGGCAUCAGAGUUGUAAGGGAUCGACCAAACAGGAAGAUCUACCUCUGCCAAGACGCGUACGUCGAGAAAAUUGCGCGAAAGUUCAAGCUCAGCGACUUGAAACUCCGAGUACCAUCAAUCCCCAUCGCGACGAUCCCGCUCGUCAAGUACAACGGGCAGGCUACCAAGGAAGAGAUAAAGGCGUAUCAGGAACGAGUUGGAUCCUUGAUGUAUAUCGCGGUCAUGACCAGACCCGAUAUAGCACGAGCAGCAGCCCAGCUCGCGAGGUUCCUGACAAACCCAUCGCCUGAACACCUUGAAGCCGCAAACCAAUGCAUCCGAUACCUAUACUCAACGAGAUUCCUUGCAAUCAUGUACGACGGGAUGCAUCAGGAGAGGUACUUGUGA